UUAGCUCUGCAGGUGCGAAGGCUCUGUCCCAAGCAGGGUGGACAGACGGACAGACGCAGGUGCCAGCCUGCCCGCCCCCACCUGGAGGCCUCCCCUCGGAAGGGCGGCUCCAGGCCAGCCCCCACCCCAACUCCGCUCCCUCCGGCUCCCGCUGGCCUCCAGCCCCACCGCCAUGGCCCGGCUCCUGCUGGCAGCCCUCGGCUGCACCAGCCUCCUCCACCUGCAGCUCCCCGACGCGCUGUCUGGCUGCCAGGGCAGGAGCCCGAGGCCCGCCCAGCCCAGCGGGCCUCCAGCCCGGACGCCCUCCAGGAGGCUGCAGCCCCGGCACCUUGCACCGUGGCCUGACACCCGGAAGCCACACCAGGCCCUACAGCCACAGAGGGGUGCCAGCCUGUCCCCUGCUGUGGGUCGGCCUCUCUGGAAGGGUCCCCGCCGACGCUCGGGCCCCCCGAGGCCCAGAGCCCCACUCCUGCGGGUGGGCUGUUUGCUGGGCACCUGCCAAGUGCAGAACCUCAGCCACCGCCUGUGGCAGCUCAUCGCCUCAGCCGGCCCGCGAGACCCGGCCCCCGUGGACCCCAGCAGCCCCCGCAGCUAUGGCUGAUGCGGGGCAGGCCAUGCCCCUGCGGGUCCCAGCCAGGUGCUCUACCCCAACCCCAGAGCUGCAGCUAAGCCCCAGCCCAGCUCAGCCCCCGGGGCUCCUGCAGACAGUGGUCGCUCCAUCACUGGAGGGAGGGGACAUGGAGGAGACCUAGCCACACACCCACCAGGUGCCGCAGCCUUGAGCAGGUUUGGACAGGUGGACGCAGGUACACAUGUGUCCCCAGGCAGGUCUAUGGGCAGAGCCCAGAUGCCCGGGGCUCUGUGCACGGCAGGGGUGGGCCCCCCCGGGUGGUCAGAGGUGGCCAGAACGUUGAAGGGCUUCAGGGGGAGAAGUCUGCUGAAGGGCACAGCAGGCGUCCAUCCAGACCACACAGCACCCCCUCUGGGCCAGCGGGGGGCAGGGGCCCGGGGGGCCCGACGGCAUCGCCCUUCCUGCUCGGCCCACUGUCAAGUCAAACCCAGCUCUGGGCCUGCCUGGGGGCCCGGCUCUAGGUCCUCCUUCCCCUGCCCGUGGGGCUGGGAGGGCAGUGGAAAGGGGGACCCCACCUCGGGCCCCAGGGCCGGCUGAGGGGCCGGGCUGUGCUGAGCAGACCUGGGCCCAGGCUGCAGUGAAGGCCCCAGUCUCACCUUGUGGGGGGCUGCAGAGGAGGGCCAGGGGUUUCCGAGCCACGGUGUGCUCUGGGGCAGAGCAGAGAGGAACACACCUCCCCCUCCUCAGGCCAGGCAGGCUGGCUUGGGGACAAGAUCUCCCAGCAGAAAUAGCUCGAUGCAAUCAGAACCGCCACCACUGCCAGGGCUGGGGUGGGGAGGGCCCGCGGGGGGGGGGGCAACGCAGGCUCUCUCCCCCCACCCCUGCCCUGGCUGUGGUGGGACUCAGUGGGACCAGGUGUGAGCACAGCAGGAGGGUGGACCCAGCAUGUCAGGAACCUGAGGAGGGGACUGGUGCACAGCCAGCGUGCUCCUCGUGCUCUCGCGAGUGUCCCCCAGGUGGGGCCUUUACCCGUCAGGACAACAGAACCUGUUGGGGACCCCGAGGUGCUGGCACCCCAGGCCAGACGGGCAUGACCUGGGGUCCGAAAAGGCGGCCUCUUUCACUUAGCAACCCCUAUACACAGCACUUAGUGUGUUCGCAUUGGGCUGCAUCACUCUUUCGGCCGCCCCACGAGGGGGCACAGUCAUUAUCCCAACUUCAGGGACAGAAACUGCAGCUGCCGAGGUCAGGGGCAAAGCCACGUCUGUGCAGGCCCACCCACAGAGCCCAAGCUCUGGGUCAAGGGCAGGAGACUCCUGAAGCACCUACCUGGGCCUCACCUGGGCUCGCUCCUCCACCUCAGGGAUCACCUGGCCAGCUAAGGCACCUGCCCUCCCCCGGGCCCUGGGGAAGAGUUCAGGCUGCUGCCUGGCCUGCUGGAGCAGCCGGAGACCUCCAUGCUGAGGGCGACGGGCUAAGGACCUCACGGUCCCCCGAGGGGGACCAGUCCCCUCACACACAGGACGUGCCGGGGGCGGGGGGGCCGGGGGAAGCCACUGUGAAGCAGCUCCAUGAGGCUGGCACUUGCCGGCUUGCCUCAGAGCACGGGCCUGUGGCCACUGAGGGGUGUCGG